AUGCGCAUUUGUCAAAAAUAUUAUGGGUUUGAUACUAAGCCUCAAAUAGUUAUAGCUCAGAAUAAAUUAGCAUUCUAUCAUAAUGAAGACGACAACAUUAAUGUUUCAGAGUACUUCGAAGAAUCUUUCUGUUGUAAUAAGGACAUUAGUGAUGUUAGUAACAUAAUUAACAAUGUGGAGUUGGUAUCUUUGAAAGAAGGUGACUCGUUUGAUGACUUUGAUAAAGCUAAACUUUCAGAAAAUGUUAAUGAAGUUCAUAAAAGGACAAUUCUCUGUAAACACUCAGGUUUGUCUAAACCAAAAAAUUCUGAAAAGCCAAGUACUUCGGCUCAGAUACUAUGCCCAUGGCAUGUUAAUAUUUCAUGUCUUACAAAGAGUAAUAAGAGUUUUCAUUGUCGACCAUCAUCUAGUGUAAUUAAAAGUGACAUAUCACAGUUUUAUGAACAGUUAUUAUCUAAACAACAGGAAGAUUCUCGCUAUUCUGAACAAAUUAUGUUAUGGUGUGAAUUUAAUGAGACAGUUGGGCAUGAUAAUACUGCAGACACUAACAGAUACAAUAUGCCUUUCUCAUUAUUUAUAAUACAGGAUGAUAACAUGCAGUCUCAUAUUGUUGCUCAGGCCUUUGUCAGCAAUGAAACAACUGAAACAUAUCAGUGGGUUUUUAAAAUGAUCAAGAAGGCAACAAAUAACAAAUGUCCUUGUAUGUUUGUGACUAAUGGUGAUCUAGCAAUAGAACAUGCAAUAAUUUUGGAAAGAACAAAAAAAAAGCAGUUUGAGGAAUGGAAAAGAGGAAUUCCUACUACGUUAAAUGCAACUACUAUUUUUCCUUCCAUUGAAUCUUUAGUUAAAUAUUACCUAAGACCAAAUAUUGCAUAUUUCUUAGUUAAACAGAUGAAGAAAAACUUAUAUUACACUACUAGUUAUACCACAAUUGAAGAAGUCAAAUCAUUUACCUCUUCCAAUCAUUCACAAAGUGAAGAUAUUGAUGAUGAACUUAAUGCUAUUGUUAUGUGUACUAUGUAUCUUUUAGAGCAUUUGGAACAAAAUUUGAUUGUGGAGAUUUGGAAAGUAUCAAAAGUCACAGGCAAUGGGGCACAGUUUAGUUUACAAUUAAUUGUGCCACGUUGGAUUCCAAAACACCAACGAUUAGAUGCAGCAAAUGAAUGUGUACACUUUGGUCAACGUUUUAGUAGUACAAAAAAUAAAGCUACUGAUGUGAAUAUAAUCAUAAGCAAGCACAUAUGGUUGCAACCGUUCAUUAAUGAUGAGACAGAAGAGGUUACAAAUGAUGAUUUCGUCAAUGAAUUGCUUUUUUAUGGGAAAGUUUGUGAUAAAGAGGAAGAAUCGAUCAAAACACAAGAAAAUGUAACAAAUACUUCGACUAGUCAAAAUGUUAUUGAAAACACAGAAGUUAAUACAAUUCAACUUGAGAAUCCUCGAAAAGUAAUUGGUAGAGGAAGGCCAAAGAGGGCAAGUUAUCAUAAUAAGGAUAUCAUGAAAGAUAUAACACAGAAAACAAGUAAAAAAAAACAUGAGCCAUAUAUCUGUGGAUUUUGUAAGAAACCAGGCCAUAAUGUUGUGACUUGUCCAAAUAAAACAUAA